AUGCAAUUCUAUUGUCUUCUUCUUCUCGCCGCCAGCGCCUUGGCUGCUCCACGAACGACACUCACCGAUGACCAGAUCUUUAGGAUCAUUACCAAAACAUGCGAGAGCACCAAGUUCAGCUGCCCAAAACAAGAUUAUCUGAUAAAGGAUGGAAAUCAGCGGUACAUCGAUGAAGACGCUGUGAUGAGAUCUGACACUGUCGGACUUUUCAAGGAUGGAAAAUUGGAAACAUCGGAAGUCAUCGAAAUCUUCAAAACUGAAUUCUGCUGCACCGAAACCGACUGCUUGAAGGAGUGCAACAUCUUCCCAAUCAAGGAAAAGCCCAUUGUCAAGAACUUUGAUCUCUACGCCAAGGAUCUGUUCGCCAUGGAUUUGGAGGAACUCAAGCCGUACGAAAAAAUUUGGUACGACUUCGUCGAAGACUACAGCACCGGAAGAAUCAAGAAGAUCCCAGCCGAAGUUGAGGAGCUCUUUGACAUCCUCGACGCCAACGAACGCCGCUACAUGGCUCUCCUUGGCAAGACUCACAACCACUGA